AUGGCGGCCUCAUUGAAACAUCAUUCUGAUUUCCUCUCAGAACGGAUCUCCGCCAGAAAAGCUGCAUUUGAUGAUCCGCCGUCCGCCAGCGGCUCUUUGAGUCGGUCAAAACUCAGCAAUGGCUGCAAGUCCUCCUCCGCUUCUUCUUCUUCUCCUGCAUCUCCUGCUCCUCCACCCGGGGCAAAGAAACGGCGCUUCGGCGGCUGUCGCCCUGCGGGAGGAAGCGAUAUCAAGCGAAGGGCAACGAGUGGAACCGCAGUCGGUCGACGACCUCGUAGAGCGGUCCGAAGGGCGCGAGAGCCCCUCCGGGAGCGCGGAGGCCUCGAGACCGGCGACGGGAGACCCGAUGACCUCAAGGACCGUUUGGCCGAGCGACCGCUGGCGCUUGGACGGCCCGAGUCGGAGCCUCGGACGCGGCGCCGCAGGAGCUGGCUCUGGAACCAGUUCUUCGUCAUCGAGGAGUACCAGGGGCCCGAGCCUGUGCUCAUCGGACGGCUGCACACGGACGUGGACGGAGGAGACGGACGCACCAAGUACACGCUGGAGGGGGAGGGGGUGGGCUCCGUGUUCGUGAUCGACGGCAACACGGGGAACAUCCAUGUCACCAAGUCCCUGGACCGCGAGGAGAAGGACCAGUACCGCCUGGUCGCCACGGCGACGGACCGCCAGACGGGCCGGGCCCUGGAGCCCUCGUCCGAGUUCAUCAUCCGCGUGCAGGACAUCAACGACAACCCGCCCGUCUUCCCGGACGAGCCCUACGUGGCCGUGGUGCCGGAGAUGGCCAACAUAGGGACGUCCGUCGUCCAGGUCACGGCCAGAGACGCCGACGACCCCACGUACGGGAACAGCGCCCGGCUGGUGUACGCCGUCACGCACGGCCAGGACCACUUCUCCGUGGACCCCCAGACAGGCGUCCUGAGGACGGCCGUCCCCGACAUGGACAGAGAGACGCGGGACGAGUAUCUGGUGGUGCUGCAGGCCCGGGACAUGGGGGGCCAUCUGGGCGGCCUGUCGGGGACGACCACCGUCACCGUGAGGCUGAGCGACGUCAACGACAACCCGCCCCGCUUCAGGAGGAGUGCGUGGUCCUUCUCUCUGUCCGAGCUGGCGGCGCCGGGUGUGGAGGUGGGCCGUCUCUCCGCCAGCGACGCCGACCUGGGAGAAAACGCCCGGCUGGAGUUCUCCAUCGUGGACUCGGAGGAGGCCGAAAUAUUCAACAUCACGAGCAGAGAGCGGGAGUGUGUCAUCGUGCUGAACAAGCUGCUGGAUUACGAGAGCCGCAGCUCGUACACGUUCUCCGUGGAGGUGGCCAACCCGGCGGUGGACCCGCGGUACCUGAGGAAAGGCCCCUUCAAGGACCAGGCCACGGUGCGCGUGAUGGUCCUCAACGCCGACGAGCCGCCGCGCUUCUCCCGCGGCCGCUACCGUCUGGACGUGUCGGAGAACUGCGCCCCGGUCUGCUCCGUCGGCCGGGUGGACGCCGUGGACCCGGACACGGGACAAGGCGGCAACAUCAGGUACUCGAUCGACCCCCAGUCGGACCCCGAGGCCUUGUUCCGCAUCGGCUCCGACACGGGCUCCAUCAGCACGGUGACGGAGCUGGACCGCGAGGAGGAGCAGUGGCACAACAUCACUGUCAUCGCCACACAGCGGGACAAUCCGAACCUCGUUGCCAGGGUUGUGGUUGCCAUAGAGACGCUGGAUCAGAACGACAACGCGCCGGAGCUGGACAGGCAGUACGCGACGUCCGUGUGCGACUCCAGCGCCCCGGGCCAGGUGGUCCAGGUUUUGCGAGCCAUCGACCGGGACCAAUCGGAGCAGGACGCGCCGAUCCACUUCAGCAUCCCCCCCGAGUCGAGCUCCGCCCUCAACCUCACCAUCAGGGAGACCGGAGGUGUGACGGCCAGCCUGGUGCUCCAGUCGGCCCUGGAGCCCCUCGCCGGCUUCUCCGCCGCCUCGCUCGCCCUCUACGUGCCCGUGGUGCUGCGCGACGGGGCCUCGGGUCUGACCAACACGGGCACGGUGACCGUGACCAUCUGCCCCUGCCUGCGCGGCGGCAUGCAGACCGAGGACCGGGGCAGGCAGCGCGACAGGAAGUGGGAGCGGCACGCCGUCUGCCUCCCCGCGCCGUCCGCCUCGCCGUCCCUCAUAGUCAGUCUGGUCACGCUGCUGGCGCUGCUGGCCUGCGUCACCACUCUGCUCGUGGUGUGCGCGCUCUCGCUGUCGCUGCGCCAUCAGAAGCGGGACUCCCACUCUGCCUUGGAGGAGGACGAUGUCAGGGAGAACAUCAUAUCCUACGAUGACGAGGGGGGGGGGGAGGCGGACACCGCGGCCUUCGACAUCACGGCGCUGCAGAGCAUGCACCGGAUGCAGCACAUGCACAACAACAGGAGCAUAUGGUACACGCAGCAGAACCCGCCCAGGGCCCGGACCUACAGCUGGACCCGAAACCCGCGCCCGGGCCCGGACGCCCAGCGGAGGCCCGGCUCGGCGCCGCUGUACGGCCGCCUCUGCUACGGCGUGCACACGCUGCCCGCGCUCAGCGACUACUACGCCGUCGGGCCGCUGGAGGCCGGUCUGCAGCUCCCGCAGGUGACCCGCGGGCUCGCCGCAGGUCACGCCGGAGGUCACGCCGGCAAUCCCCUCGUCAACCAGAACCAGAGCGCCUCGGAGACUCCCCGGCGCCCUCAGCAGGCGAGCGUCUGUGGCCACGCGGCGGAGCGCAUGGCGGCGAGGAGCAAAGUCAGCGACGGAAACGACGGCGGCGAAGAGACGGCGGAUCCGAAGAUCGACCCGACGGAGGAGUCGAGGUCCGCCGGCGGUCCGGUGUGCUGUGACCCGAGCGAGUCGUCGUCCCGGAGUCCCGGCAGCUCCUCGCCGACCCCGCAGGAGGGCCGGCCGGGGUCGUCUCAGACCCAGACCAGCACCGGCGCCACCAGCUGCACGCUGGACGACGUGGACACCGACUCCUCCGUCCCCUCCGCCUCCGAGAGGAACUACUCCAGCGGCCGCGCCGACCCCCCCGUGUACCCGUACAGCGUCGUGGGCUCCCUCAAUCGCGGCAGCGCGGGGGCGGGCGUCAGCGGGUCGCCGGCGGCGAGGGCGCCGCUACUGAGCAUGUGCGGCCUCCAGAGGAAGGACUUGACCCCGCGAGGGAGGGGGCUCGGCGACAGCAGAGGCUGGGGGGCGGAGGCCCUCGGCGGCGUGCAGCCCCUCCGCAUGCAAGACCUGCUGAACAUCCGCCUGGACCGGGUGACCUCUGACCUCUCGCAGCCGCCCUACGACUCGCUGCAGACUUACGAGUUUGAGGGGCGCGACUCGAGGGCGGAGUCGCUGAGCUCGCUGGAGAGCGACGUGGAGAAGGACGAGGAGGAGGAG